CAGAUCUAAUCUUCGAUUUCACCUCUCUCUUUCCUCUAAAUCCCUUCCAAAUCAUCCACGGAUUCUGUUCUUCACUGACCAGAGAGAAGCGAAGAAGCAAAUUAAUAUACGCGUUCUCAUUUGUUAAUCUAGGAUCAAUUAGUAUAUCCCCCAAAUUCACCUCGAUCCCAUUCUUAAUUCCAUUCCUAAAUCCUUAACCCCUCCAAAUCUAAUCCGAUCUUUCGUUCUUUUCCUCAAUUUCCCAGUUCACUUAUUUUUCUUUUCCGACCCUUCCAAUUUCUUUAAAUUAUUCAUUUGGUUUGCUAACUAGCUCGAUACGCUGUUAUUGCUGUAAUUCAAUUCAACAUAUGCUUGUCGGUGAUUUGAAUUUAAAUCCCCUAAUUAAGGAAAGCACCCCUGCCUUGUUCUUAAAUAUGGAAACCGAUCCGCAAGCAAUAAAAGUGGAGGCGGAGCAGCAGUUGCACGAUGUAGAGGAAGGCGAGAUCUCGGAUUCCGCCUCCGUCGAGGAAAUUUCUGAAGAGGAUUUCAAUAUUAAGCAACCUUCGCCGCAGCCGCCCCCCAAAUUCGCUGUUAACCCUGGCAAUGUUAGUAACAACACUGGCGGCGGGAGUGGUGCUAGGGUUUUGACGAUGAGAGAUAUGUACAAGUACCAGAUUUCUCCCAAGACUUCCUAUUCGGGUUUGUAUAAUCUGGCGUGGGCGCAGGCUGUGAACAAUAAGCCAUUGGGUGACGUUUUUGUGAUGAUGGAGGAUGGUAGUACUGAUAAUAGCAACUCUGACAGUAAUAGGGUUGUGAUUGAUGUGGAGGAUGAUGAUGAGAAGGAAGAAGGUGAGCUGGAAGAAGGAGAGAUUGAUUUGGAUUCUGAGGUGAUUGUCCAAGAUAAAGAUUUGGAUGUUGAGAUUAUCAAGGAAGAUAGGAGCAAACGUGUUGAUCUAAUAAUGGAAGAGCUUGUCAGUAUGGACGGGACUGAUGCACAAAACUCUUUUGAUGCAUUCUGUUCACGCUUGGAGGCCACAACAAUUAAGUUGCACAAGAUUGUGCUGGAGGGACCAUUUGCUGAGAAAGACACUCUUCUUCAGCUGUUACUAGCUGCAAUUCAGACUCUUCAUUCGGUGUUUUCUUCAAUGACUCUAAGUCUCAAGCAGCAGAAGGAAGCAAUUUUGUUGAGGUUGCUAGCUCAAGUAACAAGCUUGAAGCCUCUUUUUUCUUCUUUGCAGUUGAAAGAGGUGGAGGCGAUUAGGUUGUCUCUUGAGUCUUCAGACAUUUUCUUGAGCAACGGUGCUACUGCGAAGACACAAGGAAGGGAGGGGUUUAAUACAACUGAUUUGCAUGUGUUGUUAGAGAAUGCUGAUAACAAGUCAGAUUACCUAUGGAAACAUGGAAAAGAACCUGGGUCUGCUGGCUCAGUGGAUCAAAGUGAGCAGAGCUUUCCCAUACACUAUUCAAAACCAGGUAUAGUUAAUCCGAGGCUUAAAGGGAUGCCUCCUCCUCUGCUAGAUCUUCACAAAGAUCAUGAUGCAGACAGUCUUCCUUCUCCGACACGAGAACAUUCUGCAACUUUCCCUUUUGAUAAGGGAUUAAUUUUAGAGCAAGGCCUGCUGAAACCUGAGUGGCCUGUUCCUAGACAAACUCUUCCUCGACCAAAUCCAGUUCUGCAUCCAUAUGAAACUGAUGCUGUCAAAGCUGUUUCCAGUUAUCAGCAAAAGUUUGGACAUGGUUCGUUUUUUGUGGAUGACAGGCUUCCUAGUCCAACUCCUUCAGUGGAGGGUGAUAAUAAUGGAGAUGGUGAAGCCUGUGAGGAGGUCAGCAGUUCUGUUAGCCACAAUUUUAACCCUGCUGUGAAUUCGUUGAUGUUAGGGCAGCCAGCAUUUUCUUCUACUGCCUCUAGGGAUGCUAUAGCUGGUCCAGAAAUUAGCAAUGUUCAGAUUGUUAAUACUGUAAAUAGUUUCCGAACUCCUGUGUCAAAACCCUCCUCUGUGAGAAGUAGGGACCCUAGGCUCCGAAUGACCAAUUUUGAUGCAGGUCCCAUGAAUGUCAGUCAGAGUCUGCCCUCAAUUGGAAGUGAUGAAUCCAAAUCAACGUUUGUUGGUGUAAUGAGUUUGAGGAAGCAUAAGGUAGUUGAGGAGCUACCUUUGGAUAGUCCUACACCGAAGCGCCAAAAAAAUGAGUGCUUUCCGGACACAACCCUGCCAUUUGCGACGACAAUCUCAGCCUCUCAGAUGCCAACACCAUCCCUGAGUCUACCCGUUAACAGUCACACGAAAUCACCAUUAACAUGUCAAACUGAAAAUUUUCCAGCGAAAAGUUCCAGUGCGUCUUCUCCUCUUCAUUCUUUAUUAAGGGAUAUAGUUGGCAAUCCAGCUAUGUGGAUGAGUAUACUCAAAAUGGAACAUAAGUCUUCUGGUGAUAACAAUAGUGCAACUCAAAUGCCGAACCCAAAUUCCAUUUUGGGAGCAACUCCAUCAACAUCUGGUGCCCUGCCUUUCUCCUCAAUGCUUGGCCAAAAACCAGCGGGAAUAGUUCCUUGCCAGCCGGUCACUGCGGAGGAACCUGGAAAAGUUCGAAUGAAGCCUCGUGACCCACGUCGUAUUCUACAUAAUAAUGCACCUCAGAAGAUUGUGACUGCAGUUUCUGAUCUCCCAAAAACGUAUCCUUCAUCUUCUUCAGUAAUGAUAAGCAACUUGAGCACCCAAGGGCAAGAAGGUCAAAUGGAGAAGGCAGUGCCUUCUGGUAGUGUGAAACCACCAGAUAUUACCAUGCAAUUUACUAAUAAUCUGAAGAAUAUUGCUGAUAUCAUGUCUGUAUCGCAAGCAAGUACACCUUCACCAGUUCUUCCUCUGAGUGUAUCGUCACAGCCAUUACAAAGUCAUCAAGCUGCACCGGAGAGUAAGAUAGUAGCUACCGAGUCUGUCAACUUCAGAUCUGGAAGUAACUCUACAUCUGAUACAGCUACAUCUAUCCCCCCUCGACCACUUAAUGCAAAUGCUUGGAGUGAUGUUGAGCAUUUAUUUGAUGGCUUUGAUAGCCAGCAAAAAGCUGCUAUCCAAAGAGAAAGGGCUAGGAGACUCGAAGAACAGAAUAAAAUGUUUUCUGCUAGAAAGCUUUGUCUUGUCUUGGAUCUCGAUCAUACUCUCCUAAAUUCAGCCAAGUUUGUCGAGGUUGAUCCUCUGCAUGAUGAGAUGCUGAGAAAGAAGGAGGAACAGGAUCGUGAAAAGUCCCAAAGGCAUCUAUUCCGGUUUCCCUAUAUGGGAAUGUGGACCAAGUUACGUCCUGGAAUAUGGAAUUUCUUGGAGAAGGCAAGCAGACUCUAUGAGCUGCAUCUCUACACGAUGGGAAACAAAUAUUAUGCCACUGAGAUGGCAAAAUUGCUUGAUCCAAAAGGGGAAUUGUUUUCUGGAAGAGUUAUCUCGAGGGGUGAUGAUGGUGAACCAUUUGAUAGUGAUGAUAGAGUCCCCAAGAGCAAGGAUUUGGAGGGUGUUUUGGGCAUGGAGUCAUCGGUCGUAAUUAUUGAUGAUUCUGUACGAGUGUGGCCACAUAAUAAGCCAAACUUGAUUGUUGUGGAACGGUAUAUAUAUUUCCCGUGUAGUAGAAGGCAAUUUGGACUACCAGGCCCUUCCCUCCUCGAGAUUGAUCACGAUGAGAGACCAGAAGAUGGGACUCUGGCCUCUUCUUUGGCGGUUAUUGAGAAAAUACAUCAAAUAUUUUUCGGACAUGAUUCAUUAGAUGAAGCCGAUGUUAGGCAAAUCUUAGCUAGUGAACAACGGAAGAUUCUAGCGGGUUGCCGGAUUGUUUUCAGCCGAGUGUUCCCGGUUGGUGAAGCCCAUCCUCAAAUGCAUCCUUUGUGGAAGUCGGCCGAGCAAUUCGGUGCUGAGUGCACCACUCACUUAGAUGAGCAGGUUACACAUGUCGUUGCAAAUUCACUUGGGACGGACAAGGUGAACUGGGCACUGUCUAGAGGAAUAUUUGUAGUCCACCCUGGAUGGGUCGAAGCAUCAACGUUGCUGUAUCGAAGAGCGAACGAGCACGAUUUUGCUAUUAAACAAUAAUAAAAACUAAAAUAUCGACUACAAAUUUUAAUCAUAACCAUUCUUUCACCCUUGCUGCUGGGUGCGGGGGUGAAUGUAAAUGCCAUGAUCCGAUCCGAUCCGAACCUAACUAAAUUUUCACAAUUGAAAGGCCCUUAUACGUAAAACAGAUGGGAAAACUAAUUUGGAUGGUUAACUCAACAAAAUGUGGAAUACGAUUGUGUGAAGCCUGGGAAAAUCAAAAUGAUUUUCUGGGCACUGUAUGUUUCUAUUUGUGGAUAAGGUUGUCUUUUAUUUUGGAGCUUC